AGAGGAGCAAAGACCUCUCUCUCCUGGGGAAGAAGACGACGAACGAACAACAUUUCGAGAGUAGUGAAUUUUCAGUGGAGAGGGUUUGGCUGAUUUCUUCUGAUUCAUAAGAUUCAAGGAUCGUUUCCGGUGGCCGAAGAGGAAUUAGAAGAGGGAAGAAGAGGAAAGGUUAGAAAUGUCGGACCUAGAUCGGCAGAUAGAGCAGCUGAAGCGCUGCGAACCAUUGAGCGAAUCGGAGGUGAAGGCCCUUUGCCUCAAAGCCAUGGAAAUCCUCGUUGAAGAGAGUAAUGUUCAAAGAGUUGAUGCCCCUGUCACUUUAUGUGGUGACAUCCAUGGGCAGUUCUAUGACAUGAUGGAGCUUUUCAAAGUUGGGGGUGAUUGCCCCAAGACCAACUAUUUGUUUAUGGGAGAUUUUGUUGAUCGUGGAUAUUAUUCAGUUGAGACAUUUCUACUUCUACUCGCACUCAAGGUUAGAUAUCCAGACCGCAUAACUCUUAUCAGAGGAAACCACGAAAGUAGGCAAAUCACACAGGUUUAUGGAUUUUAUGAUGAGUGUCUGCGUAAAUACGGCUCUGUCAAUGUCUGGAGAUACUGCACUGACAUCUUUGACUACAUGAGUCUUUCAGCUGUUGUUGAGAACAAGAUAUUCUGUGUUCAUGGUGGUCUCUCUCCAGCUAUUAUGACUCUUGAUCAGAUCAGGACAAUUGACCGGAAGCAAGAAGUACCACAUGAUGGUGCCAUGUGUGACCUCCUAUGGUCUGAUCCUGAGGAUAUUGUUGAUGGCUGGGGAUUGAGUCCUCGUGGUGCUGGAUUCCUUUUUGGUGGCAGUGUUGUCACGGCUUUUAACCAGUCAAACAACAUAGACUACAUAGCCCGUGCGCAUCAACUCGUUAUGGAGGGUUACAAAUGGAUGUUCGAUAGCCAAAUUGUGACAGUGUGGUCAGCCCCAAAUUACUGUUACAGAUGUGGUAAUGUGGCUUCGAUUCUAGAGCUCGAUGAGAAUCUGAAUAAAGAAUUCCGUGUGUUCGAUGCAGCCCAGCAGGACUCAAGAGGGCCACCUGCCAAAAAACCUGCCCCUGAUUACUUCCUCUGAAGGGCAAAACUUUAAAAACCCUAUCCCCAAAGUAGAACUAGCUUCGAUCCGACACCGUUGAAGAGGAAAGAGAAUUACAAUUCGCUGAGUGUUUAGGUGGCAGUGCAGAAGAAAUAUACACUACAAUUGUUUCAGGCGAGUUCAACUUAAGCCACAAGGAUUGGUCGAACUGGGUUUGUCUAAAAAGGAUAGAUUGUUGUUUCUGGUUUUGGUGUAAUUGUAGGCCAAAGAGUGUUUUUGUGUAAUGGUAGUUAAGAGAGUGAUUUUGUCCUGAUUCAAGUUUGUACUUUCUUAGGAGAUAUAUAAAGACCUCAAACAGUUUUGGAGCUCA